AUGCCCGCUAUUCGACACUCGUCCAAACGAAAACCGCCGCCUGAUGGCUUCGAGGAUAUUGAGAAUGACUUGCUCAUCUUUUCCAACAAGAUGAAGGAUGCCCAGAACAAACCACCGCCAUCAGGUCCUAGGCACCAGGCGCAGUGGGAGAUCUUCCAGAUCUCGCAUCAACGAAGCCGCUACGUAUAUGAGUUAUACUACGAGAAGGAGGCGAUUAGCAAGAAACUGUACGAUUGGUUGCUGAAAAACGGCUAUGCGGACGCGAUGUUGAUUGCGAAGUGGAAGAAACAAGGAUAUGAGAAGCUAUGCUGUCUGCGCUGCAUCCAGACAAAGGAAACAAAUUUCAACAGCACAUGCAUCUGUCGUGUUCCACGGGCGGAGAUUAAGGGUGACCAAGACAUUGAGUGCGUCAGCUGCGGUUGCAGAGGCUGCGCAUCAAGCGACUAA